GACGGAGUUCCCGGGCCGCCGGCGCCAGGACUCUGCGUCCCAGCAUCCCCUGCAGGAGUCCGGGAGCACUUCCGUCCUGUUGUGAACUUCCUCAGGACAGGGAGUGUCUGGAUCAUCUCCACUUUCCUUUGUCCAGCCCAGGACAGUAAACACCUAAUGUUGAACAAGCAAAUGAGUAAAUGUUUGGCGAAUGUGGACUAAAGACUCUCAGGUCUUGGGGAGCAGUCCCUCCCCAGGAGUCCGUUGAAGGACACAUUGCUAAUGCAGGAAGCCACCACCGGAUGAGGACAGCCCUGCUGAAGUGAAGCAUCCAGGCCAGAUGAUGGCUGUGGCCUCGCCUCCACCAGAGCCAGAAGACCUCUUGAUUGUGAAGCUGGAGGAGGACUCGUGGGGAUCAGACUCCAGACCCGAGGAGGAGAGCCAUGGCCCUGUCCCUGGCCCUGAAGUUUCCCGACGGUGUUUCCGUCAGUUUCAGUACCGGGAUGCGGCUGGACCCCACGAGGCCUUCAGCCAGCUCUGGGCCCUCUGCUGCCGUUGGCUGAGACCUGAGCUUCGCCUCAAAGAGCAGAUCCUGGAACUGUUGGUGCUGGAGCAGUUCCUGUCCAUCUUACCCAGGGAGGUGCAGACCUGGGUGCAGGCACGACACCCUGAGAGCGGAGAGGAGGCGGUGGCCCUGGUGGAGGAUUGGCACCGAGAAGCUUGGGCUGCUGGACAGCAGGGACUGGAGCUAUGCUCUGAAGACUCCAGGUCCUUCGAAGCAGUUCAGGAGUUCCAGAGGUUUCAGCUGCAGCCAGUGGCCCACUGCUCUGAGGGACAGCCUCGGAAACAGUGGGUGGAGAAUACAUGUCCUGGCCUUUCCAAGAUACCACCUGAGUCCUUGAAAGAGAGUGCUGUCUUUACUCCCCAAGCCCUAGCUGUUCCAAGGACAGCGAGCAUUGGCGAUUGGGAGGUGGCAACCAAGUCUCAGGAAACCCUGAGCCCCAGUAGACAAGCCAAGGAGGAGCCCUGCCUGGACCCUGCAGGAGGUGAUUGUGGGAACGGUAUGUGUCUGGGAGUUCCAGCUUCAAAGCCAAGUGUCACCUCCCAGCAUGAGCAAGGACCAGAGAUUUUGGGUCUGAGCCUUAUAAAUUCUGGGAAUGGGAGCACUGCAGAGGAUAGCCUGGACAGUGAGCAAGACAAGCCAGCCCAGGCAGCAGUCUGGGCAGACUCAAGGGCCUGGGAAGAGCCAUGCCAAUGGGGUGCGGAGGACAUGAAGGUGUCAGGUGUUCACUGGGGCUAUGAGGAAACCAAGACUUUCCUGGCAAUCUUAAGUGAGUCUCCUUUCUCCGAAAAGCUCCGGACUUGUCACCAGAACCGGCAGGUAUACCGGGCUAUCGCAGAGCAGCUGAGAGCACGGGGCUUCUUGCGGACUCUGGAGCAGUGUCGCUACAGGGUCAAAAACCUUCUACGGAAUUACCGGAAAGCCAAGAACAGUCAUCCACCAGGGACCUGCCCCUUCUAUGAGGAGCUGGAAGCCCUGGUGAGGGCUCGGACAGCCAUCCAAAGAACCACAAGUGGGCCAGGAGAGGUGGUGGCACUUCCCAGGCUGGGUGACAGCGACACUGAGAUAGAUGACCAAGACGAAGGGAACUGGGAGCCAGAGGAGGCCACGGAAGACGGCAGUGGUUCUGGCCUGGCUGCCGAGGAGUCUGUUCAGGGCCCCAGGAUUGCAGGGGGCCCAGCUCUGCUCCAGAGCCGUGUUGCAGGCGUGCACUGGGGCUUCGAGGAGACCAAGGUCUUUCUGGCAAUCCUCAGUGAGUCCCCCUUCGCUGAGAAGCUUCGCACCUGUCACCAAAACAGCCAGGUAUACCGGGCCAUUGCGGAGCGGCUGCGUGCGCUGGGUUUCCUGCGGACGCUGGAGCAGUGCCGAUACCGAUUCAAAAACCUUCUUCGAAGCUACAGGAAAGCCAAGAGCAGCCGUCCACCAGGAACCUGCCCAUUCUAUGAGGAGAUGGACUCACUGAUGAGGGCUCGAACUGUGAUCAGAGCCAUGGAGACGGUAGAAGACCCAGGUCUUCCUGGAUCUGGGCAGAGUGGUACUGAGGCAGAUGACCAAGAGGCCUGGGGGGAGAUGGAAGAUGAGGAUGCCAUUAGGCUUCUGACUCCAGAUCCCCAGACUCCAGAUGCAGGUUUUGAAUUGAAGCAUGAAGAUGAAGACCAGAUUUCAGAGCAAGAUGUUUUGGAGGAUUUGCCUGGGGCCUUAUCAAGAUAUACCACUAAAGCUGUUUGCCAGCCUCAUGACUGGGGAGAGGAUCAUGAGAACGGAAAUGAAGGGGAGUGGAGGAGCACUCUCCCAUGGGAUGAGUGCUCCUCUGAGGAGGACUUAGAAAAACUCAUUGACCACCAAGGCCUGUACCUCACAGAGAAACCCUACAGACGUGACACACGUGUGAAAAGCUUCAGUCAGGAAGUGCAUUGCUUGGCCCCUCACCAGAGCCAUGCAGGUGAGAAUCCCUACAAGUGUCUUGCCUCUGGGAAGAGUUUUAGUGACUGUGCCAACCUCAAUAUCCACCAGCGACUCCAUACUGGAGAGAAGCCAUACAGAUGCCUGGAGUGUGGGAAUGGCUUCAGUGAACCUUCUCACCUCCUCACCCACCAGAUAGCCCACAGAGGGGAAAAGCCCUAUAAAUGUGGGAUGUGUUGGAAAAGCUUCACCCAGAGCUCAAACCUCCUGAGACAUCAGCAGAUCCACUCGGGAGGACCUCCUGACCAUCAAGAGGAGCCUGGGGAGCAUCUUGGCCAAAGUCCAUCAUUUAAUGCUUACUGGAGACAUUCUGCAUGGGAGAGACCCAAACAACCUGAGGAUCUCAGCACGGGUGCAGACUCUCCGGGAGCCUAUCACCCAAACUCAGGGGAGAGGCUGUACCCGUGCCCCGAAUGUGGAAGGUGCUUCUCUAAGAGCUCCGCCCUCAUUAGUCACCAAAGAAUCCACACAGGCGAGAAGCCAUUCGAGUGUGGCACGUGUGGGAAAAGUUUCAGUAAGAGCUCCAGCCUGGCUAACCACCAACGAACUCACACCGGCGAGAAGCCACACAAGUGCUCCGACUGCGGGAAGUGCUUCAGCGAGCGCUCUAAGCUCAUCACCCACCAGAGGGUCCACACGGGAGAGAAGCCCUACAAAUGCCCCGAGUGUGGCAAGUUCUUCCGAGACCGGUCCAACCUCAUCACCCACCAGAGAAUUCACACGGGAGAGAAGCCGUAUAAGUGCAGAGAGUGCGGGAAGUGCUUCAACCAGAGUUCCAGCCUCAUCAUUCACCAGAGGAUCCACACCGGGGAGAAACCCUACAAGUGCACAGAAUGCGGCAAAGACUUCAACAACAGCUCCCAUUUCAGUGCCCACCGCAGGACCCACUCGGGAGGAAAAGCGUUGUAGGCCACACCUCCUCCUGACAGAAGAGCAAUAAUGUGUAUCUAUACCUCCCACAUUACUAAAACACGCUAGAAAGAAA